AGACAGAUCAAAAUUGGUUAAAUAUGGUAAAAAUUUGCACAUUGUCUCCAGUAAAGUGAUCUUCUGUGACAACGAAAGUAUGCAACUAAAGUGCGAAUCUUUAUGAGAAACAGAACCUUAUAUCCUUCCACAGGUUACCUUGCAAGGAUUCUUUGAGGUUUUUGUUUUGGUUUGUACACAUGCACAUGACACACACACACAUACGCGAUAUAUAUAAAGAACGAGAGAGCGAAGAGACAAAUAUUUAACCUAUCUUGGUCCUGUUUCUUUGUCUUCUUACUCUUGAGAGUGUAUAGCUAAUUGGUUUUAUUUCUCUUUUGGUAUUCAUCUUAAAACCAUGGAAUCAUAUCGAGUCUUCACAACUAUUUGUCUUCUUCUUUGUCUCUUUCUCUCAGCCAACUUCUUCACUCAUUAUGUAGUAGAUGCAAGAAAAAGCGUGGGAUUUGAGAGAGAGCCAAAGAAGGUGAUGAUGAUCAAAGCAUUAAAGCACACAUCAUUGUUACAGAAAAUGAUGACACAGCUCAAUCUUGCUCAGCCUUUAGACUACUCUUCAUCCUCCAACACUCAACCUUAUGGCGUUAGCACAACUCUCACUCUACCUCCUUAUGUUUCACUUCCCCCACUUUCAGUUCCCGGAAAUGCCCCUCCUUUUUGCAUUAAUCCCCCAAAUACUCCUCCUUCCUCCUCUUAUCCUGGUCUUAGCCCACCUCCCGGCCCAAUCACAUUACCUAACCCACCCGACUCCUCCUCUAACCCGAACUCCAACCCCAACCCACCCGAAUCAUCCUCUAACCCGAACCCACCUGAUUCAUCCUCUAAUCCAAACUCAAACCCAAACCCACCCGUUACCGUCCCUAAUCCACCCGAAUCAUCCUCUAACCCAAACCCACCUGAUUCAUCCUCUAAUCCAAACUCAAACCCAAACCCACCCGAAUCAUCCUCUAACCCAAACCCACCCGUUACCGUCCCUAACCCACCCGAAUCAUCCUCUAACCCAAACCCACCAGAGUCAUCCUCUAAUCCAAACCCACCCAUUACCAUUCCAUACCCGCCUGAAUCCUCCAGCCCAAACCCGCCAGAAAUAGUUCCUAGCCCUCCAGAAUCUGGUUAUACACCAGGGCCCGUUUUAGGCCCACCUUACUCUGAACCGGGCCCAUCAACACCUACCGGAUCAAUUCCAAGUCCAUCAUCGGGGUUUCUUCCCCCAAUCGUUUAUCCGCCACCCAUGGCACCACCGUCACCGAGCGUAACUCCGACGUCGGCUUACUGGUGCGUAGCUAAGCCCUCGGUCCCUGACCCAAUUAUUCAAGAAGCCAUGAACUUUGCAUGUGGGUCAGGAGCUGAUUGUCAUUCAAUUCAGCCUAACGGGCCUUGCUUUAAGCCUAAUACAUUGUGGGCCCAUGCUUCGUUCGCCUACAAUAGCUAUUGGCAACGGACCAAAAGUACGGGUGGCUCGUGCACGUUCGGCGGCACUGGCAUGCUUGUCACCGUUGAUCCAAGCUUUAACGGGUGCCAUUUUGAUUUCUUCUGAUGCAUGAAGACGAAGACAGCUCUCACUUUACAUUUUGUUGGAUACGAAUAAUAUCAAAGAAAUCUAGAUAUAAUAUGUUUAGGUGGGUCGCUCACUUGUAAGUUGAAACCAAUUAAAGCUUAUUUCUUGGGAAUGGCAUAAUUAUAAAUCUUAUGCUAAAUACGUAUAUUGCUUUUGCUAAUGGAAUUAGGUCUUCUAGACUUGUGGUACGUUGCAUCUACUUAACUACUAUCACUAAUAAUUCCUUUAUUUAUACACACAUCCCUUUUCUCCCACAAUGAUUUAGUAGCUUUGAAAUAAAGUAAUAU